AUUGCAUCACUUACCCUUCACCCUCUUCACCUUCUUAGCUACUUCUCUUCAGUUUUGACUAAGAAAAAAAAAAAAAUGUUGAAAACUGUGUUUUGUUAGUUUCCCUCUCUUGUGUUUAACGAUCAAACCAAUACACUGACCAACCCCUUCUUAAGCCACAUCACUUCCUCUUGUUGGUUUACUUCUAAGGGCGAUUAACACAAUAACCCUUCACAUAUCACAUCAAGUUGUCAUCUUUUAACUGAAUUUGUAUGUAAAAGGAACUUCUCGGAGAGAGGGCACCCUCCUUUCUUGUCAUGGAGGUGGAGAAUCAGAAGGCAAGAAAGUAUCAUCACAGGCUCCGCAAUUGGUUCAACAGCAAGCAGAAGGAAGAAAAUAGACCUUCAUCAUUCAGUUUGAACGAGAUUCAAGGUUUAUAUAUAUACGUGUGUGUGUGUUUUUUGUAUGGAGCAGAAGAUGAGAGUGAUGACUAUGAAGGCAACCUUUCCCUUCGCUCACUGGAAUUGGAUCCAUGCAUUUCAACAAAUGAACUAAGGAUCUUUGUUGGUACAUGGAAUGUUGCUGGUAGAUCCCCUGUAGGAAGUUUGGCUGUUGACUUGGACGAGUGGUUGAAUCUCAAGAAUGCUGCAGAUAUAUAUGUUCUUGGGUUUCAAGAGAUUGUACCUCUGAAGACCUUAACUGUGAUAGGAGCAGAGGAUCCAGCAGUGGCAACAAGCUGGAACCAGUUAAUAGGGAAAACUCUGAAUGCAAAGUUUGGAUGUCCAUGGAUGACACCAGUGCUGAAUUCUUCAUCACUGUUAUCAUGUGAUGACAGCAGUUAUCAGUAUGUGGAGAAUCCAAACAGCAGAGGUGGCAACAGCAACAGAGACAAGUACACACUAGUGGCCAGCAAGAAGAUGGUUGGAGUGUUCAUAAGUGUGUGGCUGAGGGAAGAGGUGUUGAGGAAGUACAGUGUCUCAAAUGUGAGAGUGUGCUCAGUGGCAUGUGGGGUGAUGGGGUACUUGGGAAACAAAGGAUCAGUGGCAGUUAGCAUGUCAAUUGAAGGGACAAGUUUUUGUUUUGUAGCAGCACACUUAGCAUCUGGUGAGAAGAAGGGUGAUGAAGGGAGAAGGAACCAUCAAGUAGCAGAGAUUUUUAGGAGAACCUCUUUUUCUAGGACCACAAAAGACCAUCAUUAUCCUCUAACCAUCUUAGGCCACGACCGAAUAUUCUGGUUUGGGGACCUCAACUAUAGGUUAUACUUGGAGGACAAUUUUGCAAGGCAUCUGAUAAGGAAACAAGAUUGGAAGGCUCUGCAAGAGUUUGAUCAACUCCAGAAAGAACUAGAAGAAGGUGGAGUGUUUGAGGGUUGGAAAGAAGGUGACAUAGAAUUUGCUCCAACAUAUAAAUACUCAUCUUCCACUACCAAUAGAUACUGUGGUAGCCUCCCAAACAGAUCAGGGGAAAAACAAAGAACUCCAGCAUGGUGUGACAGAAUUCUAUGGUAUGGCAAAGGAGUGGAGCAACUUAACUAUUUCAGGAGUGAAAGCAAGUUCUCUGAUCAUCGCCCAGUUUCAGCACUUUUCUCUACACAGAUUGAAAUCAAAUCAUCAAGCAGAGGACUUAUGGAGUUGCAGAAUAUACCUCAAACAGUGUUGAACCCCAAGAAUGGGAUGAACAGGGGAGUGGGAGAAGAAGAUGGAAAAUCUUCCUUAUUGUCACUGUUAACCAAGAAUGUACUAGAUGCUAACACAAACUUUAGAUUAAAGGGUUGACGCAUAUUUUCAAACAGGUCAUGGUCAUCACAAAAAUGAAUGAUUCGUAAUUGGUCUUCUUCCUAAAA